UGAAAUUGUAUUCCAAUGGCAGGCGCGGCGAAACCCUUGGCAAGCCCUACCUACAUAGUCCACUCCACGCAUCUCAAGUUGCUCUUUCGCUGCUCGCGCUUUCUCUGCUUCGUGCCAUCGCCAGCCCCACGCUGUGCCUCGCCUCGCUGCGUCUCAGCCACCAUGUCGCUCAUUGCGGGCGAGGAAUUUCAGCACAUUCUUCGUGUGCUGAACACUAACGUCGAUGGACGUCAGAAGAUCAUGUUUGCCCUGACUUCGAUUAAGGGAGUUGGGCGUCGUUUUGCAAACUUGGUGUGCAAGAAGGCCGACGUGGAUAUGAGCAAGAGGGCCGGCGAAUUGUCUGCAGCCGAGCUUGAGAACUUAAUGGUCAUCGUUGCCAAUCCUCGCCAGUUCAAGAUCCCGGAUUGGUUUCUGAACAGAAAGAAAGACCACAAGGAUGGUCGCUACUCCCAGGUCGUGUCCAACGCCUUGGAUAUGAAGUUGAGGGAUGAUCUCGAACGUUUGAAGAAGAUCAGGAACCACCGUGGUCUUCGUCACUACUGGGGCUUGCGAGUACGCGGACAGCACACAAAGACUACUGGACGGCGUGGAAGGACCGUCGGUGUGUCCAAGAAGCGAUAGAGUUUUUAAUCUUUUGUCUGAAGGGUAAUAAACAUUAUCUUUCAGCGAGUUAAAUCGUAGUGCCAGCACCAUUCACAAUUUUACGCAAUUCAAGCAGGUUCUGUAUGACCGACUUCCUAAAAUCGCUAUCAUGGAGGUGAAGUUUUUGUCGAUUUCACAAUUCUUUUGUUCUGGUGAUAUUUUGAAUCUUUUGAAAUCCAGAAUCGUUUGCCUUCACUUGAAGUAAUUAUUAA